AUAAGAGUUGCUAACAUUGACAUUCCUGGAAUGCAUUGCAAGGCCCUUCACCUUUCUUCUUCGCAGUACGCAUUGCUCUUGGCCCACUGUCAGACCCCAGUGAAUAAAACAAUGGAAGAAAGGAUGGGUAGAGGUGUGCCCCUUUUCGUAGAACCUGAGCGUCCAGAAGAAGUGGUCGAACGGAUAGUGUAUCUGCUGGAGAAUGUGAAAGAUAUCCAACGAAGUUUGCUGGAAAACCUUCUAAAAAAACAUGGCGAUUGCGAGUAUCUCGAAAAAUACAAGAAAGAUGGCAAAAUCGACGUUCAGACUUUCAGGGAGCGAGUUCCUCUGAUUACGUACGAGGAUAUUCAAAGAGACAUCCAGAGGACCGCACAACGAGGGAAACAUGCUAACAUUCUCUGCUGCGAGGAACCAGUUCAUUUCCACCAGAGCGGCGGAACGUCUGGCGGUAAACUGAAAAUGCUACCUGUGACCGGUUCGGCCCGAGAAACGCUGGUCGAGUACUUUGUCAUGAUCGAUGCCUGGUUUCACAUGAAAUCAACCGUGAAGCGAACGUCAGCUGGUGGCAUUGGCAUGACGUUCUUCUUUGGCGGUGACUGCUUGAAGACUCCAGGUGGCCACGACCUGCUGCUUGUGAGCUCUUGGUUCGUCCGACAAUCCAUGUCUGCGUAUCGACAAACACCCGAACGUUUCGCCUCUCCAUUGGAGGUCAUCCUGUGCAGAGAUUUCGCUCAGUCUGUGUACUGUCAGCUUCUAUGUGGACUGAUCAGGUCUGCAGAAGUUGCGAUGAUGUCCAGCUUAAUCAUAAGUGUGCUUGCCACUGCAGUGACGUUCUUGCAAGAGAACUGGGAAGAAUUGUGCAACGAUAUAAGCACGGGCAAGCUUAGCGCAAGAAUCACCGAUCAAAAAGUCCGUCGAGCAGUUUCACAGAUCUUGCAUACCCCGGAUCCCGAGCUCGCUGCUAAAAUCAGAGCCGAGUGCAGCAAAGACACCUGGGCUGGGAUCCUGACCCGCCUUUGGCCCAAUUUGAGAUUCAUAUAAGGAAUUUGUACCGGGUCGUUGCUGUAGUUCGUAGAUCAUUUCGAGUUCUUCACAGAUCACAAAGUUCCAGUCGUCUGUCUUGUCUAUGGUUCCUCGGAGGGAGCCAUAGGCAUGAAUCCGUAUCCUGAUGCUCACCCGAACGAUAUCACCUACGUGUUUCUUCCGCAAAUGGGCUACUUCGAGUUCAGGAAUAUCAGGGAUUCAUCGGUUGUAGAGAUCUCUGACGUGGUAGUAGGAGAAGAUUAUGAGUUCAUAAUGACCAAUCUUUCAGGGCUGUGGAGAUAUAAGAUGGCAGAUGUUCUGAAGUGUGUCGGCUAUAUUCAUUCUUCUCCAGAGUUUAAAUUUCUCGGACGCGAGAAUACUCUCGUAAACGUAGCGCAGGAGAUUGUGCACGAGUAUGAAAUGACCUUGGCUGUGGAAUCAGCAGCAAAACUUCAUCUAUUUGCCGGGGCACACCUUAUGGGCUACACAACCACGGUCAAUGUAAAGUCUUUUCCAGGUCACUAUGUGGUAUUCUGGGAGCUGCAGAUAGAGCAUUCCUCUGCGGAAGGUGAACAUCAAGAGGAGCUCGAACAAUGUUGCUUAGCUAUAGAAAAUAGCCUGAACGAAAAAUAUAGGGCCGAUAGAAAUAUGGGCACGAUAGCUCCCCUGGAAAUUAAUUUGGUGAAACCUGGUUCGUUUUCCAACUUGAUGCAGCAAGCACAAGCUACUCGAUGCUCGACUCAGUUGAAACAAACUCGCACAUACAAACCAGACCACCCAGCCGUGCAGUUCCUUUAUUCUGCAGCCCAACACAAGUUCAGAAGUUCAAAAGCUCUUACCUUAUAAGAAUUGAGAAUCGGGAUCCGGGGACCGUUGUCCAAGUCAUUGUUCGGUUCGCGUCCUGAGCUAUGAGAAGAUGGUUGUUUUUGGGACAUAUAGACCCUCCCAAGGGCUUUGACUGAUAAUGAUUAUCUAAGUAUGAAGCUGAAAUUAAAAUAAAUAAAAUAUACUCGCA